UAUGUUUACGUUCUUUUACCUGUUCGACUCCGUACCAGUGCAAUUCAGUGUAAAAUUUGUGUGCAGUGAUUUGUGGUGCAAGUACUCCGAAAAAAAUGGGUGAUGAGAAUGAAAAUUCGUGCGAUAAGUUCGACGAUGUGAAGCCGGACAAAAUGUUCACCCUGAAAAAGUGGAAUGCGGUGGCAAUGUGGAGCUGGGACGUCGAGUGCGACACCUGCGCCAUUUGCCGGGUGCAAGUCAUGGAUGCGUGCCUUCGCUGCCAGGCGGAAAGCAAGAAGGACACCCUCGGCCGUCAGGAUUGCGUCGUAGUUUGGGGCGAAUGUAACCAUUCGUUCCACCACUGCUGCAUGUCGCUGUGGAUCAAGCAGAACAAUCGCUGCCCACUUUGCCAACAGGAAUGGUCCAUCCAGAGAAUGGGCAAGUAGGGUUUCCGUCACAUCGAAGAAACGGCGAACCGGAGGAAGAAUCUUUCGAGUAAGAUG